AUGGAUUACGACUUAUCGGAGGAUGACCUUGUUGAUGCGGCGGCUUUAGCGGCCUUAGACGACUGGGUCUUGGAAGAUGAGGCAAUGGUUUUGUCGCAUGAAGACAUGGUCGAUGCUGCCGAGUUGGCAGGCAUGAAUGACUGGGUUUUUGAUGACGUUCAGGCAGGAGGUGGUGGUAGUAUCCCUGAGGAUUUUCGUGUGGCCGAACAUGUUGCUGUCGAGGCCAAAGGGCACCGUUUUUCUAAGACUCACAACAUGCGUUUCAAAUGGUUUAUGGUUAGUGUGCAUGAUUUGGACGCUAUCAGUUUUAUUGAAGCGCCUGCUGUAAUAGUGGCCGUGCUGGAUUAUAUUCUCGCUACUGUUCUGGAGGGAAUAGCUGAUCACCAGUAUGUUCGUGUGUCGGUGGAGUCAGCGCAUUUGUCCUUUCCUAUCUGGACGCCUCCGACCUUGCGUUCGCAGUUAACCGUGCAGCGUUGGAUGUCAGAAAUAUCAAAGGUGCUCAACUCCCACCAAGAGUUGGUCAUUGGUGAUUCGUUUGCGGUCUCUGUGGAACAUACUGAGAUUCCCUCUGGUCGAUGUGUCCGGGAUGUCCCAAUGUUAUUGUAUCAGAAGCUGAAGAAGAUGAGGUCGGUCAUUAUGGUCAACAACGACGACGAGAUUUGUAUGGCCCGCGCGUUUUUAAUCGGUAAAGCCUUUGCGGAUGGUCGGGAGGAUUAUGCCAAACACAUUGCCAAAGGAAAGAGGGAAAUUCUCGCACUGUCCAAGGAACUCAUUGAAGAUGCUGGCUUACCCAUCCGAGAAUACACGCUCGCCGACGUUGCGGCCUUCGAAAAGAAGAUGCAGUACUCCGAUGCUCAGUUCUUAUUUUUCGACUUCGAGACUUACGUUGCUGACGACGGGCGGCUGUACCCAAAUCUUGCAAAACUAGACAAUACCGCUAAAGGCCUUUUCCCACAUCGUUUUAAUCGCCCUGAAAACUGGGACCAAGUGACGGAGUUCCCUUCCAUGGAGGAGUACGGGUACCGGUUUAUGAACAAGAAGGACAGAGACUCUUUUAAGAAGUGGUACGAAGAGGAAGUAGCAGCCAAAGACAACACCUUCGACAUUUCGCAAAGAUCGUCCAUAACCAUUGCUGGAUUAUGUGGUUUGUAUUGGCGGACGAAUAUCCUCAAGGCCAACCAGAUCGGUUUGAUUCCACCACAAGGAUACCACACCAACAGAAACCAGUCCGUCAAGGCACUGAAAUGGCUGCAGUGGAUGGAGUUAGAAGAGAAUCGUCCCAUCCAGACCAGAGCCUCAGGAGCAGAGUUCAAAGUUGGACAGUAUUUUGUGGAUGGAUACUCCGCCUCUACCGGCAAAGUUUUUGAAUUUCACGGUUGCUGGUACCAUGGAUGCCCUGAAUGCACUGCACCGGACACUAUUCAUCCUUUCCGAAACCUGCCCAUGAGCAAGAUUUACGAAGAAACCGUCCAACGGGAUGCUCGUAUUCGAAGCAUGGGCCAUGAACUUUGCGUGAUUUGGGAGCACGAGUUCGACAGUCUUGUGAAACAAGAGCCGUUUUUCGCAGCCUUCGUUGAAGAAAUCACUGUACGACAGCCCAUUAAUCCCCGGGAUGCGUUUUAUGGUGGUCGCACUAAUGCCACCAAGCUUUUCCAUCGCGUGAAGGACAACGAAAAGAUUCGCUACUUUGAUGUUUGCAGCGAGUACCUUUACGUUAAUAAGAACAAGCGCUACCCCAUCGGACAUCCGACCAUCAUCAUCAAGGACUUCGACGCAAUCACCAACUACUUCGGGAUAAUUCAGUGUGAAGUACUGCCACCAGCAGAUCUGAAUCUUCCCGUUUUGCCAUACCGAUCCAACGGAAAGCUGGUCUUUCCUUUGUGCCGCAGUUGUGCACAGGACAAGCAGAACGCACCAUGUACACACACGAACGAUGAACGGGUGCUCGUAGGAACUUGGUGUUCGCCGGAGUUACACGCUGCGAUUGACCGCGGUUAUGUUGUGAAAAAGAUAUUUGAAGUUUGGCAUUUUGAACAGUCCGAAGAGCGAUUGUUUGCGGACUACAUUGAUCGUUUUCUCAAGAUCAAAACCGAAGCGAGUGGAUGGCCAGCGGAUGUCGCUACCGACCUGGAAAAAGAACAGUAUCUGCGGGAUUUCCACGAACACGAAGGAAUUGAGCUGGGGCGCGACAAAAUAGAGUCCAACCCGGGAAUCAGAGCACUGGCAAAGCUCUGUUUGAAUAGCUUCUGGGGCCGUUUGGGCAUGCAGGACAACAAACCAAACACCAAGUACAUUUCUUCGCCGGAGGAAUUUUACCGGAUGCUUCUUUCUGGGGAGUAUCACAUUCACUCGUGGGACCUGUUUAGUGACGAUGUGCUCCAGCUCUCCUACACCAGGGAAAGCCUGUUCGUCGAGCAGAAUCCACACGCCAACGUAGUCUUAGCUGCUUUUACGACAUGCUGGGCACGCCUUCACUUGUAUAAUUACAUGGAACAAGUGCAGGACACAUUAUUGUACUUCGACACUGAUUCUUUGAGCGAUAUUCGCCUGCGCUAG